UGGCGGCGGCGGCGGGAGGCCGGGGCUGAGGCCGGGGCCGAGGCUUCGAGGCCCGCGGGGCGGCAGGCGGCGGCGGCGGCGGCCCGGGGCUCGAGCCCGGAGACGGGAGCGGCCGCCAUGGCCGAGAGCAUCAUAAUUCGUGUCCAGUCCCCGGACGGGGUGAAGCGGAUCACAGCCACCAAGAGAGAGACAGCGGCAGCAUUUUUGAAAAAGGUCGCAAAGGAGUUUGGUUUCCAAAAUAACGGCUUCUCAGUUUACAUCAAUAGAAACAAGACUGGAGAGAUAACAGCCUCGUCGACCAAAUCCCUCAGUCUGCUCAAAAUCCAGCACGGAGACCUGCUGUUCCUGUUUCCCUCCGGCCUCGCUGGGCCCUCCUCGGAGAUGGAGACGUCGGCCCCGCUGGGGCUGAAGGCCUGCGGUGCUCCCAGCGUGGUGGAGGACGAGAUCGACCAGUACCUCAGCAAGCAGGACGGGAAGAUUUACAGAAGCCGAGACCCGCAGCUGUGCCGACACGGCCCCUUGGGGAAAUGCGUGCACUGUGUUCCGCUAGAGCCGUUUGACGAGGACUACCUGAACCAUCUCGAACCUCCUGUGAAGCACAUGUCCUUCCACGCCUACAUCCGCAAGCUGACCGGGGGGGCCGACAAGGGGAAAUUUGUCGCCCUGGAGAACAUCAGUUGCAAGAUUAAAUCAGGGUGCGAGGGUCACCUUCCGUGGCCUAAUGGCAUCUGCACCAAGUGCCAGCCGAGUGCCAUCACACUGAACAGACAGAAAUACAGACACGUGGACAAUAUCAUGUUUGAGAACCACACAGUUGCCGAUCGCUUCCUUGACUUCUGGAGGAAGACAGGGAGCCAGCAUGUCGGGUUCCUGUACGGGCGGUACACCGAGCACAAGGACAUCCCUCUCGGUAUCCGGGCCGAGGUAGCUGCCAUCUACGAGCCUCCGCAGAUUGGCACGCACAACAGCCUGGAGCUGCUGGAGGACCCGAAAGCUGACGUGGUGGAUGAAAUCGCCGCCAAGCUUGGCCUGAGGAAGGUUGGCUGGAUAUUUACAGACCUUGUCUCAGAAGACACCCGGAAGGGCACCGUCAGAUACAGCCGCAAUAAGGACACCUAUUUCCUGAGUUCGGAAGAAUGUAUCACUGCAGGAGACUUCCAGAAUAAGCACCCUAACAUAUGUCGACUCUCUCCAGACGGACAUUUCGGCUCCAAGUUCGUCACUGCGGUGGCUACAGGUGGCCCCGACAACCAGGUCCACUUCGAAGGGUACCAGGUGUCCAACCAGUGCAUGGCGCUGGUCCGCGACGAGUGCCUGCUGCCCUGCAAGGACGCCCCGGAGCUCGGCUACGCCAAGGAGUCCAGCAGCGAGCAGUACGUGCCCGACGUGUUCUAUAAGGACAUAGACAAGUUUGGCAAUGAGAUCACCCAGCUGGCCCGGCCCCUGCCCGUGGAGUAUCUGAUCAUAGACAUCACAACAACCUUCCCCAAGGACCCAGUUCAUACUUUCUCCAUUUCACAAAGUCCGUUUCCUAUUGAAAACCGGGACGUCCUGGGUGAGACACAGGACUUCCACAGUUUGGCCACCUAUCUGUCCCAGAAUACCUCAUCCGUGUUCCUGGACACCAUCUCGGAUUUCCACCUCCUGCUGUUUCUGGUCACCAAUGAGGUCAUGCCUCUGCAGGACAGCAUCAGCUUGCUGCUGGAGGCCGUGAGGACUGGGAACGAGGAGCUCGCCCAGACGUGGAAGAAGUCUGAGCAGUGGGCCACCAUCGAGCAGCUGUGCAGCACCGUCGGAGUGCAACUUCCGGGCCUCCAUGAGUACGGGGCCGUCGGGGGCGCCACGCACGCCGCCACAGCAGCCAUGUGGGCCUGUCAGCACUGCACCUUCAUGAACCCUCCGGGCACCGGCCACUGCGAGAUGUGUAGCCUCCCGAGGACCUAGGGGCCCACCCAGCCCUCCCUGAAACCGGGGUCAUUGUCACCACGGCCCCAUGGUGGGCAGCCCUGGAGGGCGGGGCAGGGUGGCUGCCCUCGGGUCACUGGCCCACAAAGCUUCUCAGCACCAGGCUAACCUGGAGGGAGAGCCAGGCUGGUGCUCCGCGGGCGCACAUCAGCCUCCUAAUGGGGUGGCACAACGGUCCC